GCUCUCAGUGAAGAUGGGCGUCUCAUCGGCUCCUGUGACCGUGAUGAAAAGAUUCGUAUUAGUCGUUUUGCUCAGCCAUAUGUAAUCGAGUCCUUUUGUCUCGGGCACACAAAACCUAUCUCUGACAUUGUAUUCCUGGAUGACAUUCGUCUAAUUUCCGUCGCUGGUGAUGGCUUCCUUCGUCUAUGGAACUCUGUAGAAGGAAUACAACUUGACUCCUUCGACGUAAGUUCGCAACUUCAGGAACUUUGCGGCGUUGGAUUUGACGGUUCCCACAAAACAUUCCUUGCUUCGCGUUUGAUUAGAGUUGGAUGCGUGGCUUUGCUUGGCAUUCAAUCGCAUAAUUGUAUUCUUUCUGUGAGAAUUUCCAAGGACUUGCAUGCAUUCGAACGCGCUAAUGGUGCUAUUGUUGCCAGCGGUGUCGUUUGUCCAGGAGGUGAACGGUUUAUUGACUGUUGUGUUAUUAAUCACAAAGCCCCCAGGAGCUUCGAAGUUGUGUGCUUUACUGAACCGAUCUCAAGGUUGAUCUCCUGGAUUGUUACGUACAAUAAUGAUUCAUCGCUGAUUUGGAGUCAGGUAUUUCAAUUUCCUCGAAUCCAAAUGCUAACCGACAUGAGCAAGAGUUUUAUGGACGCCGAUGGAGUGACUGCAUAUGAAAGGGACAAAGCCGAAGUCCACAAGCGCAUCAAGGAACGUCAUCAGCGCCACCAGGCUAAACGAAAACGUCUGAAGCACAUUGAAAAAGAUGAGCAUGAAAAAAGGGCAUCAGUGUAA